AUGCUCACCGCACGCUCCGUCCUCCGCCCCACGGCAAUGCAGCGCGCGCUGCGCUGCCGCCGCUUCGCGUCGCUCGCGGGCGCGAUCGACUCGUUCUCGAACGUGCUGGACGGCGCGCUGGACACCACGUCGCCGCAGUUCCACGAGUCGCGCGCGCACAUGGCCCAGCUCACCGCCGAGCUGCGUGCGCGCGUCGCGGAGGCCCGUCAGGGCGGCGGGGCGACAGCGCGCGCGCGCCACGAAGCGCGCCACAAGAUGUUUGUGCGCGACCGCAUUGACUCGCUCUUGGACCCGGGGUCGCCGUUCCUCGAGCUGUCGCCGCUGGCGGCCUGCGACAUGUACGACAACGCCGUCCCGAGCGCGGGGAUCGUCACGGGCAUUGGCCGCAUCGGCGGCCUCGAGUGUAUGGUCGUGGGCAACGACGCGACGGUCAAAGGCGGCACCUACUUCCCGCUCACGGUCAAGAAGCACCUGCGCGCGCAGGAGAUCGCGCUGGCGAACCGCCUGCCGUGUCUCUACCUCGUCGACUCGGGCGGGGCGUUCCUGCCGCGGCAGGACGACAUCUUUCCCGACCGCGACCACUUUGGACGCGUGUUUUACAACCAGGCGACCAUGUCGGCCGCCGGGAUCCCGCAGCUCGCGGUCGUCAUGGGCAGCUGCACGGCCGGCGGCGCCUACGUGCCGGCCAUGUCGGACGAGAGCGUCAUUGUCAAAGGCAGCGGCACGGUGUUUCUCGGCGGCCCGCCGCUCGUCAAGGCGGCCACGGGCGAAGUGAUUACGCCCGAGGCACUGGGCGGCGCUGACGUGCACUGCCGCACGUCGGGCGUGACGGACCACUUUGCGAACAACGACGCGCACGCGCUGGCGAUCACGCGCCGGAUCGUGAGCCACUUGUACUACAAGCGCCACCACCAGUCGUCGUCGUCAUCGUCGAAGAGCGCGCAGACGACGCCGAGCGACGAGCCGCUGUACUCGCCGGACGAACUGGGCGGCGUCAUUCCCGUGGACGCGCGCAAGCCGUUUGACGUGCGGAAAGUGAUUGCGCGCAUCGUGGACGGCAGUCGCUUCGACGAGUUCAAAAAGGAGUACGGCACGACGAUCGUCACGGGCUUUGCCCGUCUCUACGGCCACCCCGUGGGCAUCAUCGCCAACAAUGGCAUUCUCUUCUCCGAGUCGUCGGUGAAAGCCGCGCACUUUAUUGAGCUGUGCUGCCAGCGGCAGAUCCCACUGCUCUUUCUGCAAAACAUCACGGGCUUUAUGGUGGGCAAGAAGGCCGAGCACGGCGGCAUCGCAAAGGACGGAGCCAAGAUGGUCAUGGCCGUCGCGAACGCCAAAGUGCCCAAGAUCACGUGCAUCAUUGGCGGCUCUUACGGCGCAGGUAACUAUGGCAUGUGCGGUCGCGCGUUCUCGCCCCGCUUUUUGUACAUGUGGCCAAACGCGCGCAUUUCGGUCAUGGGGGGCGAACAGGCGGCGGGAGUGCUCGCGCAAGUGCAGCGGGACAACUACGAGCGUCGCAACGAGACGUGGUCGGCCGAAGAGGAGGCAGCGUUCAAGCAGCCGAUCCUGGACAAGUACGAGGUCGAGAGCUCGGCGUAUUACUCCACUGCGCGUCUCUGGGACGACGGCAUCAUCGACCCGAAAGACACGCGCAAGGUACUGGGACUGAGCCUCAGCGCUGCGCUGAACGAAGAGCCGCAGGAAACAAAGUUUGGUGUCUUCCGAAUGUGA